AUGAUUGUACCGAUCUUCUCGUUGAAUGUUGGCCACAAAAUAAAGCUGAAACAAAUUUGCGUUGGUAGGUUUGACAACAAAAAUAUCUCGCUGGCUGGAUCAACGACAAGUGAUAAGGUCUUCAUCCACAACUCCAGUUCAGUCAGAAACGAUAGUGCCCUCAGAAGCAAUGUCAAUCUGCUGAACAUCAACCAGACAAUCAGCUGUCUGACGUCAGGAAUAUUGGGCCGAGAUUGUCGGCAUGACAUUUUGUUCGUCGGCACUCAAACUAAUCUUCUGGCCUACGAUGUCUACAACAACCAAGAUCUUUUUCACAAAGAUGUGGCUGAUGGAUCGAAUGUGAUCGUGAUUGGAAGGAUGGGUCUGAUGGAUGAUGAGAUGGUGGUCGUCGGAGGCAACUGCUCCAUACAAGGGUUUGACUAUCAAGGAAACGAUUGCUUCUGGACGGUGACUGGUGAUAAUGUGACGUCACUUGCUCUCAUGGACUUCGAUGGGGACUCAAAGAUGGAGCUGCUGGUCGGCUCUGAAGAUUACGACAUCAGGAUAUUCAAGAAGGAUGAAAUCUUUGCUGAGAUCUCCGAGAACGAGGUGCUUAACAACAUUUAUGCACUGAACGACUGCACGUUCGCGUACUCAUUGAUCAAUGGGACUGUCGGAUUGUACAAUCGUCAGGAUAGGGAGUGGAGGAUCAAGUCGAAGCACAUUCCAGACGUCAUGACGAGCUUCGAUGUGAAUGGAGAUGGUGUGGAUGAACUGAUCACUGGAUGGAGCAAUGGCAAGGUGGAUGCACGUGACCUGAAGACUGGGGAAACCAUCUUCAAAGAGAACCUUCUGCAUCCAAUAUCUGGCAUUGUUAAGGCUGACUAUAAGCAGGAUGGCAACGAGUUGUUGAUGUGUUGUUGUGCAGAUGGGAGCAUCACUGCCUACUCACAUGACGUCACUGGUGAUCUAUCAAUGAGAACAACAACAACAACAAUCAACCCGUCGCAAGAACUCUUGCAGGAACUCAACAGGAAGAAGACUACUCUGUUGUUGGAGUUGAAGAAUUACGAGAGGAGCAUACAGAAGAAGCGCCAGGAACAUCCAUCGCCCAGCAAGUCCAACAAGUCGACCACCUCGACAAUACCACAAAACACACACACGCACCCUACACACACACAUACACACACACACGCACCCUACACACACACACAUACACACACACACGCACACACACCAGACACGAUCAUCAGAUGUGCAAUAGUAUUUGCUGAAGGUUGUUUCAAUGGAGAGAGUUAUUGCAUCCACCCUGCAGCUCACCAGCUGAGCUCCCACGUGACCGUCCCGUUGUAUCCACCGAAGGAUGGCACUGUGCAGCUGUACGUCAAGGUCUUCGUUGGAUACAGGCACUGUGAACAGCUGCACGUGUUUGAGUUGGAGAGGAGUCUGCCAUGCUUCAGUUCGUACCUGCAGGUCGGCCACGUCCAACUGCCCACACCCAGGUCCUCCGUCCACAUGACCGUCAAUGAGAGGAUCAACAGGAUCUGCCUGUGGUUGAACCAGAACUUUCUGCUGCAAGAAGACCUAACGUGUCAGACGUCGGAACUCCGCGUGCAGUUCAUUUCACUGAAGGACUCCUCCCCCCUCAUCAUCUACGCCAACGACUCUGGCAAGCUGACCAUUGAGACGGACGACAUAGAGGUGGCGGGCAACAUCAUCCAGCACCUCAGCACCUUCCUCCACCUCCAACACCUCCCCUCCACAGCCAACUUCCCACUCGAGAUCGACAGCAUCCAGCAAGCCUUUCUUUUCAUAAAAGAAUACGAGAACACGAAAGAUAAGUUGACCUCGGACAUGCUGGACAGCACGAACAUCAUCCUCACACUCGUCUUGAAGGCAGAAGAUUCCAGAGCUCUUCACGAUACGAGGUCCAUGAAGGAGAACUACAAGGCGCUGAUGAACAUGAACAGGGAGAUGGUCGGCACGUUCCAGAGGAAGAAGAACAACCAGCACGAGAUCAGAAACAUCAUGAAGAACAUCAACGUCCUCAUUCAGAAGUUCUCCAAACUCAGAUGCGGCAGGCACAAGAUGGAGGUGGUGGGUGGGUGCAGGGAGGCCCUGAAGAACAACAACCUCCCCCUCUUCAUCAAGAUAUGCAACGUCGGAAGCCUCUCUUGAUUGCAAGCACCACAUCUACAAUGCAUCAGAACUGCGGUGUGUCUGUCUGUAUGCUAUAGUACUCUGUAUACAACAUCAUCAUAUGCACUCACAUACAUACAUACAUAGAUACAUUCAUACAUACACGUACAUAAAUUUGUUCAUACAGUCAUACAUACAUACAUACAGGCUCGCACGUAUGCAUGCAUGCACUGCACACAUACAUAUACAAAUGUGUCAAAGUAUAGCAUGACGGUUAAAUGAUCGUUUAAAAUAAAGCUUCAUUUGAUGGUUCGACCUUCCGAAAAUAACUAUUGCAAAUUUCAGAACGAUCUGUUUCUAUGGACACUGUUACGCAGAUUGAAUAUUUCAACAUUAAAUUUUUAUUUUCAAUGAUGUUAUCUUGCAUCUUUUACUUCAAACUCUAGCUAAUUAUUCAUGGAAACACCCAAUUAACUUACUAAUUCAUUCAUCCAUUCAUUUAUUCAUUCAUUCAUUUUGAAACCCAACACACACGAACGGCACGUACUUUUGGACAUUAUUAUUUUCGAUAUUAUUACUUCCAAUAAAAAGCAAGGCGAGAA